GAGCUGCGGGUGCGGCGCUGACCCGGAGGCGGCGGCGGCGGUGCCCGGAUGGAGGCACGUCAUUGUCCCCCGCCGGGCGGCUGGGCUGUGUGCGGCGGCGGCGGCGGCCGAGGGGGAUGGAGCGAGUGCCGAGCCGGGUCAGGGUUGAAAAAUGACCAUAGUUGACAAAACUGAACCUUCAGACCCAUCACCCUGUCAGAACCAGCCUGGCAGUUCUGAGGCGGUCUCACCUGAAGACAUGGACACAGGCUCUGCCAGCUGGGGUGCCGUGUCUUCAAUAAGUGAUGUUUCAAAUCAUACACUUUCUUUAGGGCCAGUGCCUGGUGCUGUAGUUUAUUCCAAUUCAUCUGUACCUGAUAAAUCAAAACCAUCACCCCCAAAGGAUCAAGUCCUAGGUGAUGGCAUUGCUCCUCCUCAAAAGGUUCUGUUUCCAUCUGAAAAGAUUUGUCUUAAGUGGCAACAAUCUCAUCGAGUUGGCGCUGGGCUCCAGAAUCUGGGCAAUACCUGUUUCGCCAAUGCUGCAUUGCAGUGUCUGACCUACACACCACCCCUCGCCAAUUACAUGUUAUCUCAUGAGCACUCCAAGACAUGCCACGCAGAAGGAUUUUGUAUGAUGUGCAUAAUGCAAACACACAUUACCCAGGCACUCAGCAACCCUGGAGACGUUAUCAAGCCAAUGUUCGUCAUCAAUGAAAUGCGACGUAUAGCUAGACACUUCCGUUUUGGAAACCAAGAAGAUGCCCAUGAAUUUCUUCAGUACACAGUUGAUGCCAUGCAGAAAGCAUGUUUAAAUGGCAGCAAUAAAUUGGACAGACACACCCAAGCUACCACCCUAGUCUGCCAGAUAUUUGGAGGAUACCUAAGAUCGCGAGUCAAAUGUUUAAAUUGCAAGGGUGUUUCAGAUACCUUUGAUCCAUAUCUGGACAUAACAUUGGAGAUUAAGGCUGCUCAGAGUGUUACCAAGGCAUUGGAGCAGUUUGUGAAGCCAGAACAACUGGAUGGCGAAAACUCGUACAAAUGCAGCAAGUGCAAAAAAAUGGUUCCAGCUUCAAAGAGAUUCACCAUCCAUAGGUCCUCUAAUGUUCUCACUAUUUCACUAAAGCGCUUUGCCAACUUCACUGGCGGGAAAAUUGCUAAGGAUGUAAAAUAUCCUGAGUACCUUGAUAUUCGGCCCUAUAUGUCUCAGCCCAACGGAGAGCCAAUUAUUUAUGUUUUGUAUGCUGUGCUGGUACACACUGGUUUUAACUGUCAUGCUGGCCACUACUUUUGCUACAUAAAGGCUAGCAAUGGCCUCUGGUAUCAGAUGAAUGACUCCAUCGUGUCCACCAGUGAUAUUAGAUCGGUGCUUAACCAGCAAGCUUAUGUACUCUUUUAUAUCAGGUCACAUGAUGUGAAAAAUGGAGGGGAACCUGCUCAUCCCACCCAUAGUCCUGGCCAGUCCUCUCCCCGUCCAGGAAUCAGUCAGCGGGUCGUCAACAACAAGCAGGCAGCACCAGGGUUUAUUGGACCCCAGCUACCUUCCCAUGUCAUGAAGACUACACCACACUUGAAUGGCACCUCGCCAGUGAAAGACACGCCAAGUAGUUCAAUGUCAAGCCCUAACGGAAACACCAGCGUCAAUAGGGCCAGUCCUGUUAAUGCCUCUACUUCUGUGCAAAACUGGUCUGUCAGCAGGCCCUCAGUUGUUCCAGAGCACCCCAAGAAACAAAAAAUUACCAUCAGUAUUCACAACAAGUUGCCUGUUCGCCAGAGUCAGGCACAGCUGAAUAACAACCUCCAUGGCCCUUCGCUGGAGGCCCCUAGCAAGGCAACACCCUCCUCCACCAUCACUAACCCUUCUGCAAUACAGUCUACCUCGAACGCAUCCAUGACAUCUGUUUCCAAUAAAGUAGCAAAAGCAGUUUCCCCCAGUGAACCCUGUUCUAAGCCCAUGGUGAACGGCAAGGCUAAGGUGAGCUCCAGUGUGCUGGUCCCCUAUGGGGCUGAGUCCUCAGAAGAGUCUGACGAGGAGUCGAAGGGCCUGGCCCAGGAGAAUGGUGUAGACAUGAUGGCCAGCACUCCCUGUGCCAGGCCAGAAGCUAAAGAUGAGGACAGUGAGGCUUCCCCUCAUGAGCCACAAGAAUCCGUCACGCUAAAUGGUGCUAAUAGUGCAGGCAGCGACUUGAGAGAGAACGGCCUAGCAUUUGACAGUGCCAGCUGUCAGGUCCAGCCCGACAUACACACAGAAAACCUCUUUUCCAAACUUAAUGGUCUUCCUGGAAAGGUGACGCCUGCUCCUUUACAGUCUGUUCCUGAAGACAAAGUCCUUGAGACCUUCAAGCUUACCAACCAGGCAAAGGGCCCAUCGGGUGAAGAGAGUUGGACUACAACAGGGGAAAGCCCCCCAAAGGACCCUGUGCCACAGCUGGAUCCCAUCGCUGAUGAGAAAGGUUCUCUCGAGACACCAGAGGCAGUUACCAAUGGGAGCAUGAAGACCCCUACAACCAUGUCACUCCUGGAGCCCACCAUCAACUGUACCAAAGAAGACUCCUCUAUUGUCUCAGCUAUCUCGGCUAACCCUGCGGAGGUUCCGCCCUCCGGCACUGCUCCUUGUAACACCACCGGUACUACCUUGGGGGAUACCCCACUGCCCGAAUUGUGUGACCCUGAUGACUUGACUACCAACCCGAGCCAGCCACCCCAAGCAGUGAAAGGGGAAAUAGCUGAGAACACGCAGGACUCCACUUUGGCUGAAGCAGUAGAGAGACUGAGUCCGGCUCCCUCAGUACUCACAGGUGAGGGCUGUGAGCAGAAACUCUUCCUUUACCUCAGCACAGAGGGCUCCGAGGAGGCAGAAGAUUCAUCUAGAAGCUCGGGGGUCUCUGCAGACACAAUUCCCCCUCCUCAGCCUGACUGGACCACCAGCUCUUGUGAAGGGGCUGCUGAGCAGGUUUCCGGGGAGAGAGGUGAUGGAAGCAAGGUGGGACCCAAAGUUGAGGAGCCUUCCCCAGCUAAGGCAAAGGUGAGCAGCCUCCGGAAAGUGGGUCGAGGACAUUAUCGAAGCCGAAGAGCGCGCUCCUCCAGUGGGGAGCAUGGGAGGGACUGCAGGGCCCGGACGGAGGACCACCACCAUAAGAAGCGACGCUGCUACAGUCGAGAGCGGCCCAAGCAGGAGCGCCACCCCGUUAAUACGUACUGCAAUGGGGGCCAGCACCUGGGCCAUGGUGACAGAGACAGCCCUGAGCACCGCUCCUUAAGCAGAUACAGCCACCAUCACUCACGGGUUAGGAAUGGCCCAGAGCAGGACUGGAGCCGGUACCACCAUUCGGAAAAUGAGCAUGCUUGGGUCAGGGAGAGAUUCUACCCAGACAAGAUGAGGUGGGACAAAUGCAGGUAUUACCACGACAGGUACACCCCAUACACGGCCCGAGAGUGGCGACCUCUGCGUAGUCGUGAGCAUGAACGCACAGCUCAGCUUGGGCGUCCACACAAAGACAGCUACUGGGGCCGGAAAGGCUGGGAGCCACAACCUCGGGGGAAGGAACGGCCCCACUUCCAUAGCUCACGAGAGGCCUCAGGCCUUGCCCUGUCCAUCGAGAGGCAUCCCCAAGAGAAGGCCAUGCUGGCUGUGCAGGACAGCAACCACAGCUUACCUGAUCGCUUUCACGAACACGAAAGUGUCAAGUCAAGGAAACGGAGGUAUGAGACUACAGAAAAUGAUAGCCGCCUAGAAAAAAAAGCCCACAAAAAUCUGGAGAAGGAUGCUUUAGAAGAGCCAAGGGCGAAGAAGCACAAAAAAUCUAAGAAGAAAAAGAAGUCCAAAGAUAAACACCGGGAUCGAGAUGCCAGGCAUCAGCAAGAAUCCGAUUUUUCGGGAGCAUACUCUGAUACUGACCUCCAUAGACAUCGGAAGAAGAAGAAGAAAAAGAAAAGACAUUCGAGGAAGUCAGAGGACUUUAUUAAAGAUGUUGAGAUGCAUUUACCGAAGCCCUUGAGCUAUGAGGCUGUCGGCCAUUUCCGGAGAACAGAGGGCACCUUCCUGCUGGCCGAUGGCCUGCCUCUGGAAGACAGUGGCUCUUUCCGGGAGAAAUCUAAGCAUUUAAGGAUGGAAAGUCGGCCUGACAGAUGUCAUCUGUCAGAGUAUGGCCAGGGUAAGAAGACUGGGAAUUAAGGACACAGCUCUUUGAGUAACGUGUUUGGGAAAGGUAAUGAACACAGAGAUGUAAGGGGGCACAGAAUGUUAUGAGUUGACUCAAGAUGCCCUACAACAAGAUCCUCCCUAUGAGCAGAGGUAUGGUGUGACCUCUGUUGAAGGCCUGAGUUGCAUGGAGCUGGGCCCAGUGUAACCUGUGGAACUUAGAGUGUCUGUAUGUGUCACACAGUAGAGCUUUGGCUUUUAAAGUAUUCUAUGCUUGUGUAUGUUUGUAUGCGCCUACUUGUACAUCUGUGUGUAUUGUGUUAACUUCUGGACCCCUAAAGGCCCUAGUGUACUCCAGUUGCUAAGUCAUAAAUCAGUAGUGUGGUCUCUAGAGACGUAUCUUUCUUGUGGGGCUAUGGUACCCUUCAGGCUGCUGUUUUCUGAGGUGAUUCUUGCUGGAUCCUUUUUGAGUAGUUCAGGGUGAGUUCCACUCCCCCAUCUGAGUGCCAGUGUGCGUGGAUGCCCCUUUCUCUUCCUACCAUUUUUUAAUGAGCUUUUCCUUUAUAUAGCAUUUGGCUUGUAAAAUACGUAUGGGAUAGGAAUGUCAGUGGGGCCAGAGCAGAGGCUGGAAAACUGUAGCCCUGUGGCUACAGCCUAACGUGCAGUUCAGGGUGGCUCUCACAAGUACUGAGUAUAGUAGUAUUUGUUCAAGUGAAGCACUGUGUGGAAUCAGGUUUUGGCUGAAGUCCAUGUGUUGUGUUGUGCUGUUUUGAACCACUCAGUAGAGGUAAGACAUGGCCUGUCCCAUUGAAAUGAUUUUCAUCAUCUGGCCCUUGCUAUAAAAAGCUUGUCAUUUCUGCCCCAGACACCCAAAGAUGAUGGUCAUGAAUAAAAGGCGUGUGUGUUGCUACAGAUGUGUUGGCCCUGAGUGGAACCUUUUGCUCUUUGGCAGGCCACACGCACACUGCAUCAGGUGGUCUCAAACUGGUGGCUUGUUUGCAGCUACUCUGCACCUACACUUCUUCUGACCACCACUGACCCUUUCUCGUAAACUCCAGUUCUUCCUCACAUAAGAAUGUGCAGCUGUAUGCUGGGGCAGACCUGGUCCUUGGGCAUGGCUCUUGAACAUCCUCUGUUGGGAGUUCUUUGUAGCACUGCCAAACCAGUGUCUGCUUGCUCAUCCUGUAGGAGUGACUUUUCCUGCAGUCAAGUCUUCAGGUACACACACGUUAAAUUGUUUCCUCACU